UGUACGCUUUUACUAGCUCCCACUUAACACUAACGUUACUAUAUAAUAAGCACCUUACAUUAAGAGUUUCACAAAUCACAGUAGAGUUGAGAGAGAGAGAGAGAGAGUGAAAUAUAAGACAAAGAGAGAAUGGCCGGUAAGAACAACACAAGAAUCCUCAUGCAAUUUGCACUUCUUGCGAUAGUUUUAACCGCUGCAAUAAUGGUGAAAGAAGCUACGUGCAUUCCCAUUUGCAACAUCGACACAAACGACUUGGAGAAAUGCCGUCCAGCUGUCACUGGAAACAAACCUCCACGUCCAGGACCGGACUGCUGUGCAGUGGCCAGAUCCGCUAAUCUACAAUGCCUCUGCCCGUACAAGCCUUAUCUCUCCAGUUUCGGGAUUAACCCAUCUAGAGUCAGGCCUCUUCUAGCUCAGUGUGGUAUUAACAGCAUCCCCUCCUGUUUCUAAGCUUGAAUAACUGAGCCGAAAACAAGCUGAUCUACCUCAGACUGUCUUGCCACGAAGUCUCUAAGCUAUAAUAUGUCUUUUGGUGUUCUCAUUCGAAUAAAAGAAUCAAUCAAUCACUCUAUGUUACAAUAUAUAGAUGAACCAUGUUCUAUA